UCAAAACAAGUCAUGAAUGACAUGAAUUAAUUACUUUAGGUAUUGCGAAGAUAGAAUUAGAAAAUAAUAUAAAAUACAGAAAAUUAAUCAUUGAUAACGAUAUAAAGCAUUUGUUACAAAAAUAUUGCAACAUCUCGAAAAUGAGAAGCAGUGGUUUAGUUUUGUUCGCUUGCGCUGGAUUACUGUUGAGUGGGGGCGCAAUAUUAGGUGGGUCUACAGCUUUCACCCUGCUGCGUAUGUCCUACUACUUCUGGACUACAGACCUGGGCGUCGAACUUGGUUCUAUCGUGCUGUUCAUCGCGGGUGCAUUCCUCUGUCUACCCUCAUGCUGGCUCGCUACAUUGGCACCGUAUCAUAGUAAAUCUGUAUCUAUUCUGGCAACGCUAAUGCUGUUGGUCACAACUUCAAUACUGUUGCUGUCGACGGGCAUGUCGGCCAUAACGGGUCUUUCGAAGGCAGUGCGGGAGCCGGGCGCGCUGAACGCCAGCAUGCUGCGUGCUAUGGCACAUGAGUCUGUUGACCCGGCUGUUCGGACCGCUUUCUCCGCUAUGCAGAUUGAGCUGAGAUGUUGCGGCGUGCAGUCAUAUGCAGACUGGUAUCAGCACCGCAGAGUGCUGCCACCAUCCUGCUGCGGACGAUUGUUGAAUGGCAAGAAUGGGGAGCAGUGCACCAGUCCGAUGCACGCAGGGGGCUGCCUGCGCCCUGCACUCACCGAGAUCAGGAUGUUCAUCAACUCCGUCUGCGUGCUUACCUCCGCCAUCAUCAUCGUCAUGGCUUCAACAUUAUUCACGGCGGCGUAUACAUUGGUGUCUAACGCAUUGGAGCGCAAGGAGUCGCGCGCGUUGAAGAUCGCUCAGCCCCUGCGCAUCGCCUGUCUGCAUCCGACCAUACCCACACCGGACAUGCAGCAAUCCAUUGCCAAUGUACCCAUCCCACCACAGAUUUAAAAAUUUCACAUAUAAAUUUUAACUUGUUAUUUUCUUCUCAUUGUAAUGUAUACAGUUGAGUUGCUAUAAUUUACUUUUCGUUUUAAGAAAUUGCAAUUCAAUUUAAAAGUACAAAUUUCAAUAAAUUAUGAUGUUUAGAUUUUCCUAUAAUUCUUAAGGUAUUUUUUAUAAAGUAUUAGUUAAAUUUAUCUUAUUAAGUUUCUUUUCUAGUCAAUAGUUUAAAUUUA